CCGUCGCGUUCGAGGCGGUGACGUCACUUAUAUAAAGGCCUGCAGCGCCUUUGUUCGCUCUCUCAUUGCGCAGUUGCAGCUCAGUCUGCGAGGACGGGAACGGGAGGGGAGGUCCUACUAGAGUCAAAAUGGUUGAAGCGGAUCGUCCUGGGAAACUGUUCAUUGGUGGACUGAAUACAGAGACAAAUGAGAAAGCUCUUGAGGCUGUAUUUGGCAAAUAUGGGCGCAUUGUGGAAGUUCUCUUGAUGAAGGACCGUGAAACUAACAAGUCCAGAGGAUUCGCUUUUGUCACAUUUGAGAGCCCAGCAGAUGCAAAGGAUGCUGCCAGGGAUAUGAAUGGAAAGUCAUUAGAUGGGAAAGCAAUUAAAGUGGAACAAGCAACCAAGCCAUCCUUUGAAAGUGGUGGUAGACGUGGACCACCGCCCCCUCCAAGAAGCAGAGGUCCUCCCAGGGGCCUUAGAGGUGGAAGAGGCGGAAGUGGAGCAAGAGGACCGCCUUCAAGAGGGAGUCACUUGGGUUCUUCUAGGGGGCCACUUCCAAUGAAAAGAGGUCCACCUCCACGAAGUGGCGGACCUCCACCUAAAAGAUCAGCACCUUCAGGGCCAGUGCGUAGCAGUAGUGGAAUGGGAGGGAGAGCUCCUGUAUCACGUGGAAGAGACAGUUAUGGUGGUCCUCCACGCAGAGAGCCAAUGCCAUCACGGAGAGAUGUCUACAUGUCACCAAGAGAUGAUGGUUAUAGUACAAAAGACAGUUAUUCAAGUAGAGAUUAUCCAAGUUCCAGGGAUACAAGAGAUUAUGCGCCGCCUCCAAGAGAUUAUGCAUACCGUGAUUAUGGUCAUUCCAGCUCACGUGAUGAGUACCCCUCUAGAGGAUACAGUUUUUCUUCUUAUAGUGAUCGUGAUGGCUAUGGUGGUGGACGUGAUAGAGACUAUUCAGAUCAUCCAAGUGGAGGCUCUUACAGAGAUUCGUAUGAGAGUUAUGGUAACUCACGUAGUGCUCCACCUGCACGAGGGCCCCCGCCAUCUUAUGGUGGAAGCAGUCGCUAUGAUGAUUACGGCAGUACACGAGAUGGAUAUGGAAGUCGAGAAAGUUAUUCAAGCAGCAGAAGUGAUGUCUACUCAAGUGGUCGUGAUCGUGUUGGAAGACAAGACAGAGGUCUUCCCCCUUCCAUGGAAAGGGGUUACCCUCCUCCCCGUGAUUCAUACAGCAGUUCAAGCCGCGGAGCACCCAGAGGUGGUGGCCGUGGAGGAAGCCGAUCUGAUAGGGGUGGAGGCAGAAGCAGAUACUGAAAAACAAUCAUAAACUUUUGGACCAAGACAGAUUACUUCUCACAAACCCAAGUGGAAGUUGUUCUAUCUUUACUACCAGAGGACUACUAAAAGGAAAAGUUGUUCUUACCUUUUUUUUAUUGUUGCCUGUUAAGUUUCCCCCUCCAUGAUUUUUAUGCUUUUGUGAGGAAAAGUUAAAACAAUGUUUAAUUUCAUUUCAAAAUUGUUAACAUUUCUUUCAAAAAGCAGAUGUUAAAUGUAUAAAAGUUGAGCUGUGUACUAGUGUUGUAACUUUCAAAGUAAAAGUUUCCCUGAAAUGCCA